AUGGUUUCCCUCAUAGUCUUAUCACGGACUCAUUUGUCUCUGGGUCAGCUACCAAACUUCAAUGCAGCGUCAAGCGAUUCGGGCUGGGCCUAUGUAUACAAAAGACUUCAACGGCACGACAAGGACAUGAUUGAGGGAUAUUCGGGAGACAUCGAUAGUCUCCUCAUCUUUGCGGGACUUUUCUCCGCGGUACUCACUGCCUUCAUCGUGGAUAUUUACAAAGAACUGCAGCCAAAUUCCGGCGCACUAUCGGCACAGCUACUUGCCGAUAUCUCCCAGCAGCUACAUAGUAUUUCUCAAGGUCAUGCUUCUUUGCCUUCCGCGGCUUUGGCCCAAUCGUUUCACUCGCCGCCGCACCUUAUCGCUGUGAACAGUCUAUGGUUCCUGAGUCUCAUUCUCUCCCUCGGGUCGGCUCUUCUUGGACUAUUCGUCAAGCAAUGGCUACGCGAGUACAUUCUCUGGACAUCCAUCUCUCCGAUACAGCACGCAAUACAGCUACGAAGAUACCGAUUUGAGGCUCUCCAGCGAUGGCAUGUUCCUUCCAUUGUAACCCUAGUUCCGGGUCUGCUACAGAUGUCGGCGCUGCUCUUUGUUGCAGGGCUUGUCGUUCUUCUGUGGCAAAUGAACAGA